GACCAGAAUUAUCAGGAAUAACAAUUCCAUUGGAAAUGGAAUUUGAUGACCCAGAAGUAACAUUACUCGUAGAACAAGUACAACGAAUAACAGUUGCAGCAGAAUAUGAAGUGCCGCAAAAUAAACAAGAAAAGAAACUGAAUCAACUCUAUCUGGAAGCCACACAAAGAGAAAUAAAUCAAUUUAGAGAACAAGUAAUAGGAAAAAAUAGUACUAAAAAAGAUAAGAAAGGAAAAACUAAAAGUUUAAAUAUUACUUUUAAUCAGCAAGAAGGAAGCAAAGUCAAAACACCAAAAAUGGGAACAUUUAUUAAGUCACAAUUGUCACAAUUAGAUCGAAUCUUACAAAUAAAAAAGAAACAAAAAGAUCCAAGAAUUAGAACAGGAUUAAGACAAUUAAAACAACGAUUAGAGAGUAUGGAAACAAAUUAUAAAUAUGUUUCCCAAUUAACAAGACAACAAACUGAUGAACAUAUUCAAGAAAUUGAAAGAGUCACAAACAGAAAAAUAUUGGAAGCAGAAACAGCUGAAGAUAAAAAAGCUUAUCUAUACAAAACAAUAUCCAUAUUAACAGAAACAAAAGAUGCUAUUCUUUGGAAAAAUAGAGACCUAGUAAAAGAUCUAGAAGAAGAAUAUAGAUAUGCAACUAACCAAGCACUAAACUUGGAUAGAAAAGAUUUUGAAGCAAUGCAAGAACAAAUGGAACAAUAUGAAAGUGAACUAUUACGAGAACAAUACCAAGCAAAAUAUAGAGAACUAUUGGGAGUAUCUUUAGAAAACUUAGAUAAAAUGCAUGAUGUAGAAGAUGAAGAAGAGCAAAUAUUCCAAGAACAACAAUGA